AUGCGCACUAUCGCACGAAACUUGUGCUAUCAGUUCCAGAACAACGGAUUCUGCACUUACGGUGCAAAGUGCAAAUUUCCUCACACCGACGGCACACAAUUUGCAGCUCGCCGUCCUUUGGGAAAGCGCUAUCUAGAGUUCGAUUACAACUAUGAGAACGGCGUGGCAGAAGAGUUCUAUCGCAUGUGCGACUUCUUCAAUUGGGAAAGGGACGAUGGUGAGCGUGAGGAAGCUCGUCGAGCGUUCAAAGAUGCUAUGGUGGUCCAAUUUAACGCACUGUACGGCACUGACAUCACCAAAAUCGAAAAUUGGCACCGACUUUGCGUCGCCGUCUGCAUUGAGCCACUACCCACAACUAUCGCGGAGUGCAAAGAGGAGAUCAAGAACAUUCAUGUCAACCUCGUAGACUUGGUGGAUACUUCUAGCCGGAAGAUAGAACUGUUUGCAUCUCUGGAAGACCUCAAAGUGUACACAAUUGGCAACGGAAAAUAUUUCCCAAAGGAGUCAGCCUAUGCAGGCGGGGUCUUGAAGUUCCUACUUCGUGAAAUCCUAUCUUGA